AAAUGGUACCUAGUAAAGUCACAUUAUGACCUAGGAAAAUCACCUUCAUUUCUCCGAACACUGUUAAGGAACCCUUCCUUCCCGUUAUUUGCGCUGCAGUACCAUAUUGGUACGCUUGGCCUACAGGGACUUAUGGCCAGGGGCCUAAAGAGUCACAGGGCCCCCUGAGCUUCACCAGCAAAAUGUCACAGAAAGAGACCCAUGCUGAUAUCCAAGUGUGACUUAUUUACAGCUGCGCUCCAUAAAUGUUGAAGGUUUCACAUCAUUUCAUUUCUAAGUAAGAAAAAGGAAGAAGAAACACUUGAGAGAUCAGACAAAGAAUUUGGAGAAGACAAACGUCUGAAGCAGAAUCUGCCACAUUGGAAACCUUGAGAUAUAAGAGGAUUUCCACCAUCAACCUCUGCUUCUGACCAGCGCUGAUGUCUACUGAGCCUGAAUAGGUGCAGAUUGUCGGAGGGAUUCUUUCGGAUUUUUUGCUGAAAGGGUAGGAAUCAUCACAAUGUCCACACCCCUGAAUGUCACAAAACCCAGAAAGGAUUUUUUCCAAGUGGAAUGUGAUGCUCCAGGCGAAGUGGAGCCUUCAAACACUCCUGUGAGCACCGAUCCAGAUGCCCACUGGGGUACAGAGCCAAACUUCAACCUCAACUUAAAUCUGAGCUCACCGAGUAAUCCUCGCCCCACCAAAGAGCCCUCAAAGAUGCAUUCUACGAGUAAAAAGGAAGACAAAAGCAAAGGAGGGGGGAAACCUGACGAUAAAGCUGCAAUAAAUGUGGAUUUUAGCACUAUUUCAUUACCGGGUGAAAAACUGAAGAGCAAAAUCCCUACCAUUUCUGGGUCAUCAACAACUGAGACAACUGUGAAAAACAAAGCCAGCCAACAGCCUAAAUGUCCAAACAUUAAGCAUCUUUCCACACCCAAGAUGCAAAUACAUGGCAACACAGCACAGAGUCCUAAACAAAACACUGUGGAGCUGAAUCACAGUCAAAGAUCAACAGAAAAAGUAAAAACGGGAAUACCUAAACCAGAAUCUGCAAAUCCACUAAGUGUGCUGACACCUGCACAUACACCUGAAUCUGCAAAUAAUGUAGCAUCAAACCCAAAGACGCAAUCAAACAGGAAAGAAGAAGGCGGAAAAGAGACAUCAUCACAAACGCUACAGCUGCCUAAAAGCCACAACGUCGGCAAUCAAAAAGGAGAUAAAAGCGGUACCACUCCACAACAGACAAAUCCUAUCCCAACAAUGAUAACCAAAACCAGAAAAACAGAUCUACUAAACUCGAAUACUGCGCCAGACCAAAAGGUUGGGGUUGACUCCAAGACACAAGGGAUUCUCACAACCCCAGAAACUUCUCAGAAAGAGAAAAAAGAAUCAUUGCUGCUUCAUACUAAACCCUCCCAAGUAACCUCUCCGAGUCCGACAUCAUCCACACAAAGAGAUCCCACUGGGACCAGAAGCAGUAACAUAUCAGGGUCUAAGGAGAAUCUUCACUGUAAAGAUUUAAAGGCCGCUUCCGGAUCCAAAAUUGGUGUCAAAUCUAGUGCAAGCUCCAAAUCAACCGAGAUGUCCAUGGACAGCCUGGACUCAAAAGUCAGUUCUAAAUGCAGAUCUCAGACUGGCUCCAGAGACACGCUGGAUUCCAAAAGCAGCAGCGCCUCCAAAAGCAGUUUGGACUCUAGGAACAGCUUGGAUUCUAAAACUCCUCAGAGCUCCAAAAUUAGUCCAAAUUCUAAGUUUAGGAUUGGUUCCAGAGACAAACAUGACUCAAAAGUCUCAACAGAAACCAGGAUAAAGAAAAGCCACCAAAGUACGGAGAAAGUUGCUGAUGCCCAAACGAUCCCAGGGUCAAAGACCAGUCACAGUUCUAAACAUCUUCAAAAGUCUAAAGCAAAUUUUAAUCCUAAAAUCAAAACCAGCACAGGUUCUGAUCCUAAGUCAGGGAGCACCCAGUCAACUUCUCCUGCUACCCUGCAGGCUUCUGCUUUCAAUAUGGACCUUCUCGGAAGUGUUUCGCUAUCCCCCAUCUCGAGCGGAAGCAUCAAGACUACAGGUUCUGCUGUUGAGCUCAGUUUAAAUCCUAAGAGUCAAUGCAAUUUAUCAAACCCUGGGGAAGUUUGGUCCCUUUCAAAGUCAACACUCAUUGAUUGUUCCUCCUCUUUGAGGAGUCAGAGUCCAGGAUCAAGUACUGAACAAAUCUUUGCUUCCACUUUAACUGGAUCAAUCAGUGAGAACCAGAAGAGUCCAAGUACCUCUCCAGCUAUCCUGGCCCCUUUGGCAUCUUCCAGUCCAAAAACCAGACCUUUGGUGACCUCGAAUAUGUUGGGAUUAUCCACAGAUACCGCUGAACCUUCUGCAGUUAUAAAGAAAGACCCCAGCAUUUCAUCCCAAAAUACUAGUCUGACUCGCGGUCUUACCUUUGACUCAAUCACAAAACCAGGUAAUAAUGCUGACAAAGAGCAUUUGAAAUCUGCUGAGAGUAAGGUAAAUACUCAAGGAGACCUGGAGGUAUCCGAAGAGGCCAACAAUGACCGGGAAGGACGUCUGUUGGGAGAUAAUGGGAGGAAAUCGGUUCCCCUCCUGAGUAACGUAGCUCACCCAGGAGACACAAAUAUCAUCGCAUCACCUCGGGCAACGAGCGCAAGAAAGCAGAAAUUGGAGGUUUGCGGAAAAAAGAAUGAAGUGAAUCCUUCAUCACCCCAUCGGCCUAUUUCUUCUUCUUCCUGUCAUACACCGACCAAGAAGACAGUCAAAGAAGCCGCAGCCAAGACUGAGUUGACUCAAAGACUCCCUAAACGUCCAGGAGAGCAGAAAGAGGUGGGCGUCCAGGUGGAGGUGGAAGUGGUCGAACGCUCCGCCUCUACAAGCCCCAGUCUCCAGUGGGGAGCUCCCACUUCCUUCCUGAUUGGUUCCCCCAGCUUUCAGUCAUCGCUGAGCUGCACCCCACCCCUCAAACAUGUCUGCCAGAUCGAGAUUGAGCUGUGCAGCCAAACGCUUCUUCCCUGCGUUGUGCCUGAGAAGGCCAGUUCUCUCCCUGCAUGUCUGCGCUCGUACAGCUUCCAGCAAAACCCCAGCCUCAUGUCGGAGCUUGGACAAAACCACAAUCCAGAUGUUAGUGCCGAGAGCAUCUGGGAAGACGAAACUGAAGAUGAGGAAAAAAGGCCUGAAAAAGUAGAAGAGGAUGGGUUUAGAGGGCAGACAGAUAAGCCAGCGGAGGUGUUGUGGGACAAACAAGGGAUGACGUGGGAGGUUUACGGCGCCUCCGUAGACCUGGAGUCUCUGGGCACGGCCAUCCAGUCCCACUUGGAGAUGAAGAUUCGGGAGAAGGAGAGACACAUCCGGAUACUUAGGAAGUCCAUCUGUUCCAACAGCAGCUUCAACCGCUACAAGCUGAAGAAGAGACGACGAAGGUUUCUAGGUUGCUGCGUCAAGGCGUCCACAGUGGCCGACUGAGGUCAAUUUAGGAAGUCCACAGACUUCAAACGCAUGAUUGUAAUGUAUCCGAACUGGAUUUAGACCAAGCAAACUGCAAAACAACCCUAAUAUUUUCCAGGUUUGUUUCAAAUCAUGUAAAAUAGUUAGCCAACAAGGACAUUGCCUGGAAAGUGGUCUUCUACCACCUGGGCCCAGCCUUAAGAAAGUCUCAUUUAGACAGAAAUAUCACUUUAUUUAUAGUAAUGGAACAUCUUUUAUUGUCUGAGGAUCUUUGCUAAAUAAAAUCCAUUCUUCCACUGCCCCUUAAAGUUAUAUGGAAAAUCAGCACAUUUAUCUUCAAUUAAAUGUCCCAACCUCCUAACAACAUGUAGUCCAGACCUUGUGGUGUUUGCACAUGUUUAGAUGUGUUAGGAUUAGGAAUGGGUCGGUACCUCAGUUUUUCGCUGUCGGCUGUGGCUGUUGACGUGGAGCUGAGAGGACAGCAACUCCAUUCCUGGUAAAUAUUUUAUCCGGUUUCUUUUUUAUGAAACUCUACACAAAGCACUCAAGCAUCGGUAGAGCAAAAAGCUUCCAGUCGGCGAGUGGAUAAUUUGCCGAGGAAUUUUAAAGCCGUUUCCUCUUAUCCUUUCCUUUCCUUUUCUUUCCAUUU